CUUCACAGGAAAUGUUUUGAGAAACUGCCCAGGAAUGUUAUCAAAAAUAUUGAAAGCCUUCCCCUUACUGCGAGCAACAUCUGGGAUGGCAACAUCAAGAGCUGCUAUACAUGUCAAUAUGGAGAAUUUUCAGAUGACUGAGACUGAAAGAGAGAGAAUUGAUGAAGAUCAUCUGAAGGAGCAGAUCUUGAAGGCAUCCUUGCCAUAUGUUCAUAAACAUGGGUGGUCACGGCUGUCACUUGGAGAAGUUGAUAUCAAGAGCAGAUAUGGUUUUCCAGGUGCCAAGUCUGUUGGACUGUCAGAAGCCUCACAUGGUCUCUUCCCCGAAGGUGGAGUCAUGCUGGUAUCAUAUUUUUAUACACAGUGCAAUAAAGAAUUGUUCUCUUGGAUGCAGCAGCAAUCAGGGGAUUCUCAGUCUUCACACCAUAGGUCAACAUUUGAAUUCUUGGAAGCUGCAGUCCAGAAAAGGUUGACAUUGAUAUUCCCAUACUUGGAAAAGUGGCCUGAAGCCAUGGGUAUGCUGGCAUUCCCAUCAAAUGCUCUGGAAGGUUUAAAGCUGCUUGGCCAGCUUGUGGAUGACAUGUGGCACUGUGCAGGUGACAGAUCAGUAGAUACAAGCUGGUAUACAAAGAGGCUGGUACUAGCUGGAAUCUACCAAACCACUGAACUUCACCUUGUCCAGGAUGACUCCCCUGAGUUCGAAGCAACGUGGUCUUUCUUGAAAAGGCAAAUGAAGUUGCUCCAUUCAGGCCAAAAAGGGCUGUCUUCAUUACAAGAAGUCAUGGGUCAGGUCCUGAAAGGUGGCAGCACAACUGUGAGUUUAAUUUUGUGUUAUCCUGGGGAUCAAGUCCGCAAUAUCAUUGGAUUCAAUCGCCUGAACAGAUGAGACCUUCAUCUCAGAUUCCCCUUCAGGAAUUUCAUGAGUUCAUUGUAUUUUCCCUUGGAU